UGCUAGGAAUUCAAUCUGUAAAAAUCUUCUUUGUAUGCAGUUCUUGGAUAGUUGUGAGUAGGUGAAAAUGGCAGAGGCAGGAACUCCUAAAAUGAGACGAGUUUUGAAGGAAGAAAUAAGUUUUAGAACAACUUACGAAAAAAGGAUACAGCGGCCUUUAUUUCUUUUAGAUAAUAUUGAAAAGGAUUUGACGAUAUCAAUGGAGGAGGGGCACAUUGGAAAUGCAAGUUACCUGAAAAAGGAAUAUGGAAACGCUCUCAAGCAUUACAAUAUAGGAAUACGGUUCUGUCCUCAAAAUACCGACGUAGGCUUACAAGUUCUCUGUGUCCUUAUAGGAAACAGGACAACAGUCAACAUAGACCUUGAACUUUAUGAAAAAGUUUUAAAGGAUAUCACUUAUCUUGAGGAAAUUGGAAAAUAUCCUGUUUCAAUGAAAUAUAGAAUAUUAUGGAGAAAAGCAAAGUGCCAUGAAGUUCGUGGCGAUUUUGAAACCGCAGACCUAUAUUACGAUGAAGCUCUCAAAUUAUUAACUGAGAACAACAAUUUACCAGAAGAAGAACUCCAGAAUAAAAUAAAAACUCUCAAAUAUUGUAAAGAAAAUAAAACGAAACAAGUAUCUACGGCUUCAACAUCCGAUACAGGAAGUAUUCGAGACAUUGAAAAGUUUAAGGGAAGCAAAAAGUAUCCUGCUGUCAGUCCAUUCGUUGAUAUUAAAUUUGAUAAUCGCUUAGGAAGACAUGCAGUAGCUAAAAAAGAUAUUUCAGUAGGGACCCUUAUCGUUAAAGAAGAUCCCCACGUGGCUUUGCUAGACAAGGGUCGCAGUUUGACUCAUUGCCAAGUUUGUUUUGUAUAUGUUGAUCAACUUAUUUUCCCUUGUUCAACAUGCACAAAUGUUGUCUUCUGUAGCAAUGACUGCAAGAAACAGGCAGAGGCAUCUUUUCAUAAAAGUGAAUGUUCUCUUUAUCCAACCCUCGUCGGAAACUUAGAUAAGUUAAUUCCCUUAAGAAUUCUUACUCAGAGAGGAUACGAAUUUUUUGCUGAGCAAAAAGAUAAAUUGUUGGGCAACUUAGAAUCGCGUAAUCGAGGUUUAACAAAAAAAGAAGUUUAUCGUUCUGAUGAUUAUGAUAAUAUGUUAUUUUUGUAUCGACAUGUUAAUCAAAAGUCUAGCGAGCAGCUAUAUCUUAAUGCAGCAGUCUAUUUGCUUCGCAUGUUGAAAAAAACAGACUUUUUUCCUUUUGAAACAGAUGACAAAGUUCUGCAGGAGGGAGAACUCUUCAUUGGGCGCCUCAUUCUUAGACAUUGCCAGUUGAUAGCUUGUAAUAUACAUGAAAUAACUCAACUGAGAUAUCAUGAUUACAACCUUGUCCGCAAACAUGCUGGUGAGAAGAAACAUCUAGUCGAAUCUAUUGGAGUUGGAUUAUUUCCUACUUUUGCAUUUUUCAAUCAUGCAUGUGAACCAAGUGUCAUCAGGUACAGUGAUAAAACGAGAAUGUUAGUAAGAACCAUAAAGCCAAUAAAGGCUGGAGAGAUGAUUUAUGAUAAUUAUGGCCCGAACUACUUAUUCAUGAAAUUGCAAGAUAGGCAGCAAACCCUAAAGAAUGGCUUUUAUUUUAAAUGUGCUUGCGUACCAUGCUUAGAGAGAUGGCCUAUGGCUUCAAGUUUGGAAACAGUUAUAAAGGUUCCCUGCAAGACUUCCACUUGUGAUUUCGUGUUUUCUGUAACACGUACCAGAAGACCACGACGUUGUUUGCUUUGCCGCAAAGAGCUUACUAAUGCUCAUAUUAAGGAAAUCACAGAGCCCAUCGAAUAUUAUUGUAAUUAUGGAGACAAAAUGUUGCAAGAACAAAAAUUUGAUGACGCAUUGAAAGCGUAUAAAACUGUGUUAGACCUCAAGUAUGCUCACACUAAACGACCAGACCUAGAAACAAUAAAAAUUCAGCAACGGAUCGAACAUAUUUUUGCUAGAAAUGGAAACGUUGCCCUUUCCCAAUAAAUGGUGACUUCUUUUAUGAUCCCGAAAUGCUUUCUUGUUCAUGUUUAUUCGUUACUUAUAUUCACAAAGUUUUUUUAAUAUCCAGAAUAUUUCACGUUUAUUUGUUCAAAAAUCUUGUUGUUUUAUUUUUUAGUAUGAAAUUAGUAGUUUGUGUAGUA